CCUGCAAUUUAUCAAUCGGUGGGCAACACGUGCGUCUGGCUAUUUGUUUAAGUUUUACAAAGAAAAAUAAAUUGAACAAAAUGGUGUUUUUUAUUUGCAACCAUUGUGGGGAAUCUGUUAAAAAAGCUGUUGUGGAAAAACAUUACAACACCAAAUGCAAUAAACGCGUAAAAAAUGUCUGCUGCAUGGAUUGUCAAAAGGAUUUCCAUGGAGAAGACUAUGUAGCCCAUACUAAAUGCAUAACUGAAGCUGAAAAGUAUUCCGGUAAGGAUUAUGUACGUAAGGAAAAUAAUGGGGAAAAGAAGCAGGAUGCCUGGAUGGAUAUUGUUCGUUCUAUUCUGGCGUCAACUGAUUAUAAACUAAGCGCUCAGACGCGUGAAAUUUUUCAACGAUUGCAAAAUUAUGGGAAUGUGCCAAGGAAGAAGGCAAAAUUUCAAAAUUUCGUUGCUAAUUGCAUGAGAAUACCCGCAAAAAAUGCAGAGCCUGUAUGGGAAAUAUUAGAAAAGGAAUUGGAAAAAAUGAAAAAAGCCAAGCAGGAAGAAUUGGCAGCAACGAAAGCCGCCUUAGAAAACAAUAAGCAAAAUAAAGCCGUUAAAUGUGAACCGGACGCAAAAAAAGAAACUGACUCCGAAAUCAAGCAUCCAGUGCUUAAGGAAGCGCUGGCUAAUGAAAACGGUGCAAGCAGCCAAGAGCAUACUGUUGAAAACAUUAUGAAGUCAGAGCAGCCUGGCAAGAGAAAAAUGAACGACUCUCAGGAACCGGUUGGCAAAAAAAAAAAGAAAAGCAAGCAGAAUGUAAAAAAUCCGCCUGAUGUUGUCGAACAACCAACUCAGCAAAAUGUUAACAAAGCUCAACAGGAGUCGAUUGAAAAAAAGCAGAACAAACGAAAGCUCGACGCCAAUCAAAAAAACCCGCUUGAAAAUAUUUCGCCGAAGGAGGAAAAUGCUGACGCAAAUCAAGAGCCGGCUAUCAAAAAGAAGAAACAAGACAAACAAGAAAGCAACAAUCAAAAUCCUGACGCAGUAAAUGGAGAAACUACACUUUAUAAAGAGGCUUUUCAGUGGACCGCUACUAUGGAAAAAAUUGUAGCUGAACGUCCAAAAGAUGGCAUAUUUGUAGAAAAUUUAAAAUUUCAAUUAUUAAAAGAUUACAAAGCUAAAUUUUUAAUUGAAGAUUUAGACGCAAGACAAGAAAAGAAAUUUGACAAGAGAUUCAAAAAAUAUCUUUACAAAUGUCCAGCCAUCCAAGUAAAAGACGGAAAGGCAAAACCUUGCUAGACUUAAGUAUUUAGUAAGCCCAUAUUAAUCUUAAAUAAAUAAGUUGUAAAAAGUGAUUCAUAUGAAGUCUUCAUAAUUUGAAGAGUCUUGGCUAGAAACCCAUUUUGAGCCAAAAUAAGUCGAAAUGUUAAUGUAAAGUCAAUGAAAACUGGAAUAUGGCAAGAAUUUUAAACAAAAGUAAAAAAAAAGGGCACACGAAAGUUAUUCAAAUUAAUGAUUUGCUCUAGAAAGUGCUAAUUUUCCAGAUUCCUGUAAAGGACAAUGUUCGUCAUCGCAGUGCAA